AUGCAGGGUGUGUUCGUCAAUGGUGUGGACCAGGGGACCUUCAACGGCAUUCGCACACCAGCAUAUAACGGUCCUCCUCCGAGGGGGUACUCCAAUUCCCCAGUCAAGGACCUGAACUCCAUCGACAUGCGCUGCAAUGUUUUGGGAGACAACCAAGUCCCUCACACUAUCAAGGUGGCCCCAGGAGACAACAUCACCCUCGAUUGGCAUCACAACAAUCGCACGAUUGCGGACGACGUGAUUGACUUCAGUCACCAUGGCCCUGCGCUUGUCUAUCUCACACCUGAUCCGCCAACCGAGAACUCUUUUGUCAAGAUUUGGGAGAAGGGACUGUAUGAGCUUGGGCCCACACCUUUCUCCCCAGGAAAGUGGGCAACGACAUGGGACAUCAAGGCCAACAAUGGACUCAUGAACUUCCGUAUUCCGGCAAACUUGAAGGCUGGUUUCUAUCUGAUUCGUGCUGAGAUGGUUGGUCUCCAUGAGGCGGACGCUCGGUUUGACCAGAACUCGCGGCGUGGUGCUCAGUUCUAUCCAAACUGCGUCCAAAUCGAAGUGGUUGGUGAUGGCACCGUGGAGCUCCCGGAAGGAGUCUCCUUCCCAGGAGCCUACAAAUACGAUGAUCCAGGAGUUCAUUACAACAUUUAUUGCUCGACUGAACGCGCCCCCCUCGCCCCGUGCACCGAUGCUAGCACCUAUAAAAUCCCAGGUCAGUCAAUAUCUACAGUUCCAGCUUUCACUGUCAGGUGCUGA